CAUGGUUUUAGAGGACAAACACUGCAGUGGCUGUAAUCAAAAGUAAAAAAAUUCGAUCUCCAAAACUUUGUCUAUUCUUAGUUACAUCCUCUCCUAUUCAACAAACCAUGCAUACCUAAUUAAAAGCUAAAUUUUUUUUUAAAUUAACCCAAAUUUGGUUUAAUUACAAACUCUGCUUUAAUAUCCCAACGACUUUAAAAAAACAAGACACCGGCCCACAAUCACACAGAUUCCCAAAAACACAGGAAAAAAAAAAUUACAAAACGCUUCCUAGCUUCCAUGGCUUCCUCCUCCAUCAAGGUCAUCUCCUCCUCCGCCUUCACCGCCUCACCGACGCUGUCUCAAGUCCCGCCACCACCAUCCAAACCCUACCUCCUUUCCUUCCUCCACACCACCUCCAACCCCAUAUCCUUAAAACUCUCCCAUUCCCAUAAUUUGCGUUCCCAUUCUUUUCUCAUAACCAACGUUCUAAAAACAGCUGAGUCAUCAUCCGACACAUACGUUUCAAAGUCCUCCCAGCUUCCCAAGCAACCGUCUUCAGAUUCAACUCCGACCAUCCUGGUCUCCGAAAAACUCGGAGAAGCCGGUCUCCAAGUCCUACGUGGCUUUGGCAACUUGGAGUGCGCGUAUGACCUCUCCCCUGAGGAGCUCUGCGCCAAGAUCUCGAUAUGCGACGCUUUGAUCGUUCGGAGUGGAACGAAGGUGAGCAGGCAGGUGUUUGAGGCGGCCAAAGGGAGGUUGAAGGUGGUGGGGAGAGCUGGCGUGGGGAUAGACAAUGUGGAUCUGCAGGCGGCCACAGAAUUUGGAUGUCUGGUCGUUAAUGCGCCCACGGCAAACACCGUGGCCGCCGCAGAGCACGGGAUUGCGCUACUCACUGCCAUGUCACGAAAUGUUGCGCAAGCUGAUGCUUCCAUCAAAGCUGGGAAGUGGCAACGAAACAAGUACAUUGGCGUCUCUCUAGUUGGGAAAACAUUGGCAGUUAUGGGAUUUGGAAAAGUUGGAUCCGAAGUUGCUAGACGUGCGAAAGGCUUGGGAAUGCAUGUUAUUUCACAUGAUCCUUAUGCACCGGCUGAUAGAGCGCGCGCAAUUGGUGUGGAUUUGGUCUCUUUUGAGCAGGCACUUGGCACUGCAGAUUUCAUAUCACUGCACAUGCCUCUCACCCCUACUACGUCAAAGGUGUUCAAUGAUAAAACAUUCGCAAUGAUGAAGAAGGGAGUCCGAAUCAUUAAUGUUGCCCGAGGUGGAGUCAUUGAUGAAGAUGCACUAGUGAGAGCUCUUGACAGUGGAAUUGUUGCUCAGGCUGCACUUGAUGUGUUCGAAGAGGAGCCUCCAUCCAAAGAUAGUAAGCUCGUGCAACAUGAGAAUGUAACAGUCACACCUCAUCUAGGAGCUAGCACAAAGGAAGCUCAGGAAGGUGUUGCCAUUGAAAUAGCAGAAGCUGUUGUUGGAGCAUUGAGAGGUGAACUUUCUGCAACCGCUGUCAACGCUCCCAUGGUCUCUCCUGAGGUUCUGGCUGAGUUGUCUCCAUAUGUUGUGCUAGCCGAGAAGCUGGGAAAGUUGGCUGUACAAUUAGUAGCAGGAGGAAGUGGGAUUAAAUCUGUGAGGGUGGUUUACCAAUCAGCUCGCCACCCCGAUGACUUGGAUACCAGACUUCUCAGGGCCAUGAUCACCAAAGGCAUCAUCGAACCGAUAUCUGCCUCAUUUAUCAAUCUAGUCAAUGCAGAUUUCAUUGCGAAGGAUAAAGGUCUGCACAUAAGCGAGGAAAGGGUAGCUGUCGACGCAUCUCCAGGGUGCCCUAUCGCUUCAAUCCAAGUACACAUUUCCAAAGUGGAGUCCAAAUUUGCAAGUUGUGUUUCCGAAAAUGGAAACAUAAGCAUUGAGGGGAAAGUGAAAUAUGGCAAGCCCCAUCUGACAUUGUUAGGAACGUUUGGCGUGGAUGUGAGCCUCGAGGGAAAUCUCAUUCUGUGCCGGCAGGUGGAUCAUCCAGGCAUGAUUGGGCAGGUGGGGAACAUACUUGGGACCGAGAAUGUGAAUGUGAACUUUAUGAGUGUGGGAAGAACUGUCCAGAAGAAGGCCAUAAUGGCGAUUGGAGUGGAUGAGGAACCGAAAGAGGAGUUGCUCAAUAAAAUCGGGAAGGUACCUGAUAUCGAAGAGUUUGUGUUCCUUAAGCUAUAGUAAAAACCUAAUGAGAAGGCUUCUGGUGCAGGAAAAAAAAAAUCACAGUUGGUUUAAGUAAUGUUCUUCUUCUUCUUCAGCAGUAAACAAAGAGGCCGGCCAGCUCUGCGUGUCCCUGGUUGCGCCAUGAAUUUAGUCUAGAUGGUAAUGUAUUUCGCGCCAACAUGAUAAGCCAGAAGCCGGUAGUAUUAGGAUUGAUGUUUUAGUUAGUUUUGGUAGUUCUUUAUCCGCAUUCUGCGAUUCUUAUCGAUGUUGUUGUUGUUCGAUUAUUGUCAGUGCUGGUGUAGUAAUAGAAGUAAUUCUUCUGCUAGUGUGUGGACUUAUUUGUAUGGUAAUUCUGUUGAAGUUUUCCAAUUUUCUUUUGGUAAAUGCAGACAUUAAUGCUAGAAGUUUUUCAGUAAUAAGCACCAGCAGAAUUCUUUUA